AUGUUCGCGGAACUUAGCCAGGCUGAUCGGGACUGGCAAGACCAGAACCGAGCAUCUCGCCGCAGGCUAGCCAAUCUUCGAGAAGAGACAUGGGGCUGGGUCGUCUAUCGUACCACGUACAAAUCUGAUGCAAUGUUCCAGAGGGCAAUCGACAUUAUUAGCUCUUGGAUUAAGUGGGCAGUUUACCGUGAUCUCUACAAUACGCCCGGUGUACCAAACCCGGAUCCUACAUCAAACAAUCAACUGUGGGCACGUCACAGUCUGACUAUUAUAGAGGAUUCGACAGUCCUUGAUGGGGUAUCGCUUGAUGUGGUGCGUUCGCAUUUCGAGUCGUGGGUGGAACAAAGAAAUAAACGGGAUCGAUGGAAUAAAUACCGUGUCUGCAUGGCGAUUGAUGAGGAGAUUCUCGAGCUCCUGGUACAUAAUGUUCUGCUCGCCGAUCCUCAGUCGAAGAUGUCUGGGGAGAACAAGGCUAAAGACAUGAAAGAGUGGCAUGUGAAGGUUGUUGAGGCAUUUCCAGAUUACGAGGAGGGCGCUGAGGGCUAUGAAGGAUGGAUGAAUUGCUCGGUUUAUGCGCUGGUCUAUCUUUGGGAUAUGAUGGAUGACGCAACGUAUAUGGGUCACUGGUACUGUCGAUUGGAGGAUGGAGUCUUUUGUGGAUGA